CAAUAGCUGUAAACGUCGUCGUGAGUAAAGCGUGUGCAGUCAUGGUAUGUAGAGUAUGAACGUAGUAGCUAGCCACACGAGCUUGGUUGUAAAAGUUGCGGAAAGCACUUGAAGGUAGCACGAUACCUCUCUUUGCCAAACCCCUCAUUACGCCUGUGGAGAGCUGAUCACUGAGCGCAGCAUCAAACUGUUCCCAACGCUACAUACGGGGCAGAGACCUGCCGAGUGAAAGCCAGCAGAGCAAAGAAAAGAAAAUAGACUUUUUACAGCACGGACUAACGACACUGAUUUUUUUAAAUUACCAUUUUUAAACGAGUGGAUACGUGCGUAAACCAGCGAAAGUUUGAUAACUCCGGGGAAAUGUGUCGGGACAGGACGACACUGUAAUCUACGUUAUCGUAACCUCGAGGGAGGAAUAACAAACGAGCACCGGCUGCAGGCAAAUGGAAAGUCGUUGAAUGAAGCUACUGAAAGUUUGCUGCUCGGAGGACUGGACGGCGUCCUGACUGAGUUUGUGCACAAUGCAUGGCCUGGAUUAAAUCUCAUGGGAACCAUGAAAGGAUUGAAAAUUACAGGAAAACACACUGAGCUUCCACAGGUUGUACCCAGUAGCAUGUCUGUUUAAACCUGAUCUGCUGGGAGGCCAAGAGGUGGACUACCUCUGUAAAACGACACUGGAAACAAAUGCUCUGCAGUUAUGCCUCCGGGGACGGUGCGUUGUCUUUCAGUGAUGCCAGUCCAAACACUGUUGUCUCUUCUGCUCGCCAUUGGCUGGCCGAUAACUUCAUUUCCCAGUGGUGUUGUCCGAGGAUCAAACUCCUCCCCCUCUGAACUUUAUCCCACCUUCAUACGGAAUGACACUAUUUUUGAGCACCUGGCCAUGCAUCCUGACCCCACAGUAGGUUGGGUCUAUGUCGGGGCUCGAGAUCACCUGUUUCAGUUGAAUCGAUUCCUCCAGCUUGAGCUCCAGGCUGACACUGGACCCAUCACAGACAGCCGGGAGUGCCUACCUCCUGUAAUGGAAAGCAUCUGUCCUCAGGCAAGGGAAACGAGCAACCACAACAAGCUGCUGCUGGUUAACCCUUACUCUCUGGAACUUAUUACCUGUGGGAGUGUCAGCCAAGGAAUUUGCCAGAAGCGUAGUCUGCAUUCAAUAGAUACAGUGCUUUUCUCCACUGAGAGGCCAGUGGAUACUCAGUAUGUAGCAGCUAACCACCCCAAUGUUAGUACAGUUGGGCUGGUGGUUCGUUCACAUCCUGACAGGCAACCAAUGCUGUUUGUGGGGCGGGGUUACACCAGCAGCCAUCCACCUAUAUCUACACGUAACCUCGUUCAGGAACCUGUUUUCUCCUACGAGGAAACGGCCAAAUUGGCAGUGGCUGGCCGUCUUUCAGAAUAUGACCAUCAUUUUGUUUCUUCAUUCACACACCGUCAGCAUGUGUACUUCCUCUUCUACCGGCGCGACCUCAAGUCACAAUCUCGCGAGUACCGUACAUACAUCUCCCGCAUAUGUUUAGAUGACCAGGCCUACUAUUCUUACGUGGAAGUACCCUUGAUAUGUCGUUCCAGGGCAGGUAAAACUUACAACCUUCUGCAAGCUGUCCAGCUGGGGCUCUCCAAGGACAUGGUAGAGAGCCAAGGCUCAGAGAUUCUUCUUGGUGUAUUCUCUACUCACCUCGCUUCAUCAGCUUUGCCCAGUGAGGACUCAGCACUUUGCAUGUUUAACCUUAAAGAUGUGGAACGCAGGAUCAACUCUACCAGAGACCUGUGCUACACGAAGAUGGGUAAAGAAGCAGGAGUAGACGCAGCAUACAUUGAGUAUGAGGUCAAAUCCAACUGUGCCAACCUGCCAGAGAACACCCUGGAUGCCUACCCCUGUGGCUCUGACCACACCCCUAGCCCCAUGGCCAGUCGGAUUGCCGUGGAAAUGGAGACUAUAUUGGACAGCCCGUCUGCCCGUCUCACUGCUGUAGCUGUGAGCGUGAGGGUGGGACACACCAUCGCCUUCUUGGGAGACUCCAAAGGGAACCUCCACAAGGUGUUCUUGGGGCCUUACGGUGAGGUGCAGGAGUACUCUGUGAUCCCUAUACAGCAGAACGCAGCCAUCAGCUCGGACCUGAUUCUGGACCAGAAAGAGGAGCAUCUCUUCAUCAUGACUCAUAACAUGCUGCAGAAGAGGCCUGUAGCUGAAUGCCAGAAGCACCCAGACUGCCACUCCUGUCUGCUGGCCCACGACCCCUACUGUGGCUGGUGUGUGCUGGAGGGAAGGUGUGUGUUGAAGUCACAGUGCAGUCGUGGAAGCCAGCCAGGUCAGUGGCUGUGGAGCUUCGACAUGGAGCAGCAGUGUUUGGCUGUCCAUGACCUCAACCCUUCCAAUGUCAGCAGGGAGGAGAGCACAAUGGUGUUUCUGUCUGUCCCAGGACUUCCAGUUUUAGGAAAAGGUGAGUCCUAUUCCUGUGUCUUCCAGGACAGCCACAGUCCUGCCAUGGUCACUGGAUCUGGGGUCACCUGCCGUUCUCCUGACCCCAGCAAAGUGGGCAUGGUGCCUCCAGGAGUGGAUUCUGUCACAGUGACUUUGUCUCUUCGUUUUGGCGAUGUUACGGUCACAGCGAGGGAUUUCACCUUCUAUGACUGUACGGCUGUUAAACAGCUGUCUGGCAGUAUGCCUUGUCGUGGUUGUGUGUUGAGCCGAUGGGGGUGUAACUGGUGCAUUCACCAGCACUCGUGUACUCACAAGCCCACCUGUGACGAGGGAGUGAUCAUCUACAACCAACAUUUUAAACUCCCCACUUCAUCUCCCGCGACCAAAACUAUUAAAGUCACAACAGCAACGACCACAACAGCUGCCCCGACAACCACCACUAUGACAACCAUCAUGACUCCUCCCAUAAUGAUGACGACAACUACUGCCACAACAGUAACAACGGCAGCCCCCGUCACGGUAGCAGACACCCAGAAGCCAACGACGCCUGCCACACCCACUGCUCCAUGUAUUAUGACCUCCAGCCCCAAACUGACAGACCUGUCCACCACUCUGCCCCCUCAGCCUGCCAGCACCUGGCUACCCACCACACUGCCACUCCCAGAGGUCACUAGGAGCAUAGAAGAAGAAACUGAAGCGGAGGAGGUAGUUGUAGUCACUCAAGGUAACUCUAAAGUCACACCCAGUGUUGAUGUUGUUGUGGCAGCAGCAGAGUUGAUGCCCUUCACUGUGGCUGAUGGACAUCUGGUCUCUGUGCCUCUCGUGAUCCCGGGCUCCUCACUCCCGGACUUGAUGACAGAGUCUCCCCUUAGUGACAACCAGGAAGCUCAGGGAGAUCUGAUGCAAGCGGAGCCUCCCACCCUGGCAUCAUCUGGCUUCUCCCUGCCCACACCUUUCCCUGUGGGUGAACCAGCUGAUUCUGAUCCCUCUCUUUACAUGGACCGUACCCAGACUCCCAUGCUGCUCCCCCGACAUGACUCGGGGACUGAGAACCUUGACUCUGAAGUGCUCCUCUGGCCAGAAGAAGUGGAGAGCCAUGCCGACUGGGCUGACCAGUUGGAAAACGACACAGCUACUUUUUCAGCUGCCACCGUGCUCUCAGGUGAUGGUGAGGUAGACCACAGUCCCCUGUCCUUCCCCAAGCUACUGGACACUGAGUCAGAGUUGGACUAUCAGUAUGAUUCAGCUGAUGCCUUCCUCCCGGGGGACGAGGGCUCCUAUGUCACCUGGGGUUCCUCAGCUUGCCCCUGUGUGGAAAAGGUCCAGGGUUCAUCACUUCUCCCUGUCAAAGUGGAGAGGAAGAUCACUUUAUUAGCCCGCAACCUGCACCUCUAUCAGGACACAGACCUGGACUACGAGUGUGUCUUGGUCAUUGAGGGCCAGACGGUGGUGGUGGACGCAUACGUGGAGGUGGAUGACGGUAGUCCGUCGAACUUUGACAUCACAUGUCAACUACACCAGUACACAUACUCUGCUCCAGUGGAGGAAUAUAAUGCCAUGGUAUAUGUGAAGAGGAGGGAUACCUUCCAUGUGGACAGUUCUCCUGAUCUGCACGUGACUCUAUACAACUGCUCGGUGGGUCGGUCUGACUGCAGCCGCUGCCACACGGCCGAUCAGAAGUAUGGUUGUGUGUGGUGUGGUGGUCCACUGGCCAGGUGCUUGUAUUCAACCUCCUGCAGCGAACGUGUACAACAGACUUGCCCCGCCCCAGUCAUCCAUUCUAUCGAGCCCCUCUCCGGGCUGUUGGAUGGAGGCACCAUGGUGACCAUCUCUGGCUCCAACCUGGGCCAGAAGGCUGAAGACAUCCUCCAAUCUGUGACAGUAGCCGGUGUGCCCUGCACGGUCAUUCCCAGUCUAUACGAGGUCUCUUCCAGGAUUGUGUGCAAGACCAGACCAAGUGGAGGAGAGAUGGUGGGCCAUGUAUCUGUGAAAGUGAGUGGAGGAGAGUAUGGCCUGUCCAGCCAGACAUUCAGCUACCAGGACCCAUUUGUGAUGGGUGUAUCACCUGAAAGAGGCCCUAAAGCCGGGGGAACAUCCCUGACCAUCACCGGCCAGAACCUGCUGACAGGCCGCCCAUCUGACCUGGCUGUCACUGUGGGUGGGGUUCCCUGUAACAUUGUGUCACAUGUGCAGUGGUCCAGUGUUCACUGUGUGACGGGCAUCAGUAAUAAGACGGGAGAUCACCGGGUCACCCUACAUUAUGGCAGCAGUCAGCGUCACCUCCACACGACGGCCUAUCGCUAUACUCACAACCCUAACAUCACCCAUGCCACACCUGCCAAGAGCUUCCUUGGCGGUGGUCGACUCAUCUAUGUCUCAGGCCACAACCUGGAUGUGGUGCAGGAGCCCCGCAUGGUGGUGACCGUCUCUCCCUUUGAGUCCAUGAACCACAACAAAAGCAGGAAGCAGAGGAGGAGGAGGAGGAAGAAGAGGAGCAGUGUACAGCAGAGGAACAACACAGAGGUGACACCAGGAAGGCUGGCUAGAAUGGUUCCUGACCAUACCUGCUCUGGAGAUCCACUCUGUUCCGUGAAACAGUUCAUGGAGCGAUGUGAGGUGAACUCCUCCUCCCUCAUUUUGUGUCGCUCUCCAAUGGUUGACUCCUCCAUCUGGGGUUCCAAGGUCACAGUACAGUUUCUGUUGGACAACCUGUGCUUUGACUUCAGCAGAUUGAACUCACAGGUCUUCAGCUAUGAACCCAACCCCAAACUACAGCCCCUCAACCAGCAGGACCCCCAGAAGGCCUACCGCUACAACCCAGGAAGCUUUAUCCAGCUGGAGGGAGAAAACCUGGACCUAGCCAUCACUAAAGAGGAGGUUUUGGUGUUGGUUGGGGAGGGGGUCUGUGCUGUGAAGACCCUGACCAGAAACCAUUUGUAUUGUGAGCCACCACCACAGCAACCAGCUCAGGGACCCAAUGGGAAGAAACAAGAGGGCUCUGACAGUCUGCCAGAAUUCACUGUCCAAAUGGGCAACCUGAACUUUUCCCUUGGCAAGGUUCAGUAUGACAACCUGAGCCUGUCCACCUUCCCUCUGGAGGCUCAGAUUGGAGUUGGGGUUGGGGCCUCUAUUGUGGCCCUCAUCGUUCUCAUCAUCGUGCUAAUAUACAGGAGGAAGAGCAAACAGGCACUUAGGGACUACAAGAAGGUCCAAAUCCAACUGGAAAAUCUGGAGACCAGUGUGAGAGACCGCUGCAAGAAAGAGUUCACAGACUUGAUGACGGAGAUGAUGGACAUGUCCAGUGAUCUGGUGGGUUCAGGGAUCCCAUUCCUCGACUAUCGGAAGUAUGCUGAGCGUAUUUUCUUCCCUGGCCACCGUGAGUCUCCACUGAGGCGAGACCUGGACAUUCAGGAGUGUCGGCGGCAAACAGUGGAGCAAGGCCUCAUUCAGCUGUCCAAUCUUCUCAACAGUAAACUCUUCCUCACCAAGUUCAUUCAUACCCUGGAGAGCCAACAGACUUUCUCCCCUAGAGACCGAGCCUAUGUGGCAUCCUUGCUGACUGUGGCACUUCAUGGCAAACUCGAGUAUUUCACAGACAUCCUCAAGACUCUCUUGAACGACUUGGUGGAGCAGUACGUUGCCAAAAACCCCAAACUGAUGCUGCGAAGAACAGAGACGGUGGUGGAGAAACUGCUGAGCAAUUGGAUGUCCAUCUGCCUCUAUGCAUUCCUCAGGGACUCAGCAGGGGAGUCUCUGUACAUGCUGUUCAGGGCUAUAAAGCACCAAGUGGAUAAAGGACCGGUGGAUGCUGUCACCAGCAAGGCCAAGUACACCCUCAAUGACAACCGCCUACUGCGAGAGGACGUAGAGUACAAGACCCUGACGCUGAAUGUGUUGGUGCAGGGUGGUGGAAUGAACGAGAGCCAGCCCCUGCCCUCCAAAGUGCUGGACUGUGACACCAUCACACAGGUCAAAGAAAAGCUCCUGGAUCAGGUGUAUAAGGGCACAUCCUUCUCCCACCGGCCCCACGCAGACUCACUGGACCUGGAGUGGAGGUCUGGAGUUGCUGGUCAUCUCAUCCUGUCAGAUGAGGACUUGACAUCUGUGGUUCAGGGCAACUGGAAACGGCUGAACACGCUGCAGCAUUACAAGGUCCCAGACGGUGCAACGGUAGCGUUGGUCCCACGUCAUACGAAACACAUUCACCAUGACAACCAUGACUACGUAGCUGGAGAGAAGACUCCAAUGCUGGAGGAUGCAGAUGAAGGUGGAGUGAGGUUAUGGCAUCUGGUGAAAGCCAGUGAGGAGCCUGAGCUGCCUAAACACCGGAGAGGCAGCCUAAGGGAGAGAGAGAGAGCCAAAGCCAUCCCUGAAAUCUACUUGACCCGUCUGCUGUCCAUGAAGGGGACGCUGCAGAAGUUUGUAGAUGACCUGUUCACAGUGAUCCUCAGCACCAGCCGCCCUGUCCCGCUGGCUGUCAAAUACUUCUUUGACCUGCUGGACGACCAGGCAGGACAACAUGGCAUCUCUGACCCAGAGACGAUCCACAUCUGGAAGACCAACAGUCUUCCUCUGCGUUUCUGGAUCAACAUUGUGAAGAAUCCUCAAUUCAUCUUUGACGUCCAGACUUCAGACCACGUGGAUGCCGUUCUCUCCGUCAUUGCCCAGACCUUCAUGGACUCAUGCACCAUCGCGGAGCACAAGCUUGGGCGGGAUUCUCCCAUCAACAAGCUGCUGUAUGCCAGAGACAUCCCCCGCUACAAACAGAUGGUGGAAAGGUACUAUGCAGACAUCCGGCAGACUAUCUCCGCCAGUGACCAGGAGAUGAACUCUGCUCUGGCUGAACUGUCCAGGGUGAGGGCAGUGACACAUAUCACAGCCCACAGAAUAGAGAAAUGCCACUGUGACAUCUCAUGCAAAUGCUUUCUGUUUCAGAACUACUCUGGAGAGCUCAACUAUCUAGUGGCACUGCAUGAGCUGUACAAGUACAUCAACAAAUACUACGACCAGAUCAUCACGGCGCUGGAGGAGGACACCACAGCCCAAAAGAUGCAACUUGGCUACAGACUGCAGCAGAUCGCGGCCGCUGUGGAGAAUAAAGUUACUGACUUGUGACAGAGGAAACACCUGAACUAAAAAAAAAAGGAGAUAGACAAAUGGUACGAUAAACAGAUUCUUCUGCCUGUCCUCCUAGGAGGAAGAAGGAGAGUUUGGAGAUUCAAGAUGGCAUUAAAAUUCACAUCCCCAGCACCUUUUUUUUGUGGUAUCUGCCAAGGAUGCUUUAGUGAAUUCAGUCUGGAUGCUUUGAGGACAGCACACAGAAACUGAACAUACCUGGAUGAAGAUGGGACUGUGUUAACUUCAUGAAGAAACACUUGUUUUAUCUCUACAGAAAAACUUGCUAGAGUCGAAUCUAGAGUUGCAGAAGAAAAGCUUCUCCACUCCACAGCCAGCUGCCCUGAUCUGAAGACUGUUUAAUUUUAUCUCCUUGUUUUCCCUUUCCCUUCCAUCAGUUUUAUGAAGCAGUACCUCUUAUGCCUUGUGUGCUCCUUGUGUAUUGUGAUCUGUGAAUGUGUGUUACUGUGUGCAGUCCACAGUUGUCUUGGUUAUCAGUCUACAUGCUGUAUCUUUUUGGUUUCUUGUACAAAGCAGGGAAUUAGGGGGUUAUAUUUGCAAUCCUAUGGCAAGCAGUAUUUUUUUUUUUUUUUUAAACACAGAACACUGAACCUCAGCUUAAUCUUUCCACAUUUUAGAGUGAAAACUUGGUCAAAGCUUGCUUAAAGCAGUUGCCAUAGUUCAAUAAGUUUGUACACACACACAUUUGUUGUUCAUUAUGUUAUUUGUGUGACAUUGGUAGUCAGGGUGUGCUUGUUGGCCCGUUUUAAAGGUACUUCAAAGUUUCACUGAGGGUUUUUUUUCUGGCUUUUAUAGGUAAUCAUGUGGAAGUCACUGGAAAGAAGUUGAAAUUAAAGUGCAGUCAACUGCAAUGUUUUAUUGUGCAUUUCUAUUUUGUGCAUGCUUUAACAUUCCCAUUAGGUUAUUAAAUCACAGCUCAGAUUUAAUAGUUAGCACAGAUGAUAACACCCUGCACAUGUGUAUGGCUUCAAUUUCUACUGCUUCAGCAGGUGUGAUCGGUGUUAACACACUGUUCUUCUUCCAGAUAGAUCACAGAGACUUUUUUCUACAUGUUUCUCUGAUGUUUUUCUUAAUUAAAUGAUAAAAAGUGGUAUGGGCCUUAGUAAGAAUGGAUAUCAUUUGUCUGAUGCUGGUCUUCUGUUGGACUUUGUUUCUACUAGAUUGUAUUGUACUGCUCUAUUGCUGUUGGGGUGGGGUCAAACAUCCCAGAGGUAACUCUGUGAACAGAGGGAGGGUAAUUGGUGGAGAAACCGUCUUGUAUGGGGACAACUAUAUUUUCACAAAUGUGCAGUUUUUAACACACACACACACACACAGCUGGACCCUCUUUUACAAGUACAAGAAUACAACUUUGCUUUCCGAGUUUGUCAAGAGCUGAGUCCGAACAACAGACACCUCUCAAAAAGUAAUAUGGUUUAAUCCCCAGCUCUAAUUUUCAGUGACCAAAAGAAAUUACAGGGGAUACUAUUUGGAAAUAGCCUAUGGGUUUGACAUUACUAACAUAACAUAACAGCAACUAAAGACUCAUCAACAUUUUUUUCCUGCCAUACACUUAGUUUCAAAUGAGGUGAAACUUUGAUGAUAAAGACGCACUGUCUAAGUGAAAACUACACACAGUAAACGUUGUUAGACUAAAUUUGACAGUGUAGAGCAGGCUCUGCAAGGAGCAGUUUAAGGAUGUUUCUUAUUUGUUUGUUAAUAUCAUUGUACAUACUAGUCUGAUUUAAAACUGUAAACUGUAGCGAUUUAACCUGUUAAAUAAAAGAAGGUGGAAAUUCUCACAAUGUAAUAAAAGAUUCUUUAAAUUA